UGUCAACUGUCAAGUCAUAAGCGAAGGACCCCUUUGUUGUCGGAAUCAGGGUCGCGUGCCCACCUACCUAUAAGAGUCCGUUUCAUUGACAAGGCGAUCUUGUGCGUUCCGUUUUCUUUCUUCAUGCGCAAGUGCAGUCCGCACCGGAUUUCAGCUCCCAAUACCGUGACUCUAGAUCACGCCCUCGCUGUGACGCUCCCAUUUCCCUCGUCGGCGUGACCACAGACAGAAUAUCAAGAUGCAGAUACAGGCCUCGCUUGUUCGGGCCUCCCUCCUGGCCAUCUUGGGGUUUACCACCACGUCCAAUGCAGGCUUGGCUCUAACUAUCCCGACGAAUACGAAUGAGACCAUCAAUUCCCAAGUUCGUCUCGCAUAUGCCGGUCCAAAUGGCAUGGUAGUUUCAUGGAACACCUUCGACAAAGUUGCGCGCCCGACAGUAAAGUACGGAACCUCACCACAACGUCUUAUAUAUUUUGCAGAAUCAACCGUCUCCGUGACGUACGACACCUCGCUCACGUACAAUAACCAUGUCCCACUGAAGGGCCUAAAACCAGAUACCUUGUACUAUUAUCUCCCAGAGCCGCUGUUAAAGGAUGACUCCACCACCGCACCUUACUCGUUCCGCACCAGCAGACUUCCAGGUGAUACGACACCGUAUUCGGUGGCAGUGACCAUUGAUAUGGGUACAAUGGGCCCGGAUGGACUUAGCACAACUGCUGGACAAGGCGUGGAUCCAAACAACAUUCUGGGGCCGAAUGAUAACAACACUAUACAAUCACUAACUGCAGUGGUAGAUUCCUAUGAUUUCCUCUGGCAGCCGGGUGAUAUGGCAUACGCCGACUACUGGCUGAAAGAAGAGAUAGGCGGAUUCCUUCCAAAUACUACAAUAGCAGACGGCUACAAAGUAUACGAGAAAAUCCUCAACGAAUUUUAUGACGAAAUGACCCCAAUCACGACCAAGAAGCCAUAUAUGGUUGGACCUGGCAAUCAUGAAGCAAACUGUGACGCGGGCGGCACUACCGACAAGUCCAAGAACAUCACGUAUGAUGGCAGCAUCUGCAUGCCGGGUCAGUCCAAUUUCACAGGCUUCAUCAACCACUUCCGCAUGCCGUCAGCGCAGAGUGGAGGAACGGGAAAUUUCUGGUAUAGCUUUGAUCAUGGGAUGGCGCACUAUAUCCAACUAGACACCGAGACAGAUCUUGGUCAUGGAUUCAUCGGUCCCGAUGAGCCCGGUGGACUUGCAGGAGAGGAUUCGGGACCAUUCAACAGCAUUAUGAAUGCACAGACUACGUGGUUGCAGAAAGAUUUAGCGGCUGUGGAUCGGAUCAAGACGCCGUGGGUUAUAGUCGCGGGUCAUAGACCUUGGUAUCUAUCUUACGCCAACGUCUCCAAGACUAUUUGCUGGACUUGCAAAGACGUUUUCGAACCAUUGUUGCUGCAGUAUGGUGUUGAUCUUGUCAUCUCCGGACAUGCGCAUUUUUACCAGCGCUCGGCUCCUAUCGCGAAUGGGGUCAUUGAUCCGAACGAGCUGAACAAUCCUUCUGCACCGUGGUAUAUCACCAAUGGCGCAGCAGGCCACUACGACGGCCUUGACUCGCUCGCGACUACUCCGCAGCCUUACCAGCGCUUCGGACUCGACGUCAGAGAUGGAAUCUACGGGUGGUCUAGACUGACGUUCCACAACUCCACGCAUUUAACACACGACUUCGUUGCUUCAAAGAACGGCACAGUCUUGGAUACAGCGACUCUGUAUAAGAAUAGGGUCUGCAGUGUGCCUAAAUCGUAAGGUAGGUAAGAGCGGUUUCAAGAAGGGGCGACUGCCGCGCGACUUGAAACAGCUAAAUUUAUAGGAAAUAUAAAUAAGGUGAUAACAA